AAUUUUUGAGAUUUACAUGUGAAUUUUCCUUUUCUCACAAAUAGGACAGUUUGGUAAGCAGACAUGACAUAAGCGGCAGCUAGAUUUGGGGCUUACACAGACAGACCUUCUCUUCUCCUGUUGCUUGUUGGAUUAAGGGUUUGUGUGUUGAUGUUUCUGCUAUGCACAUUGAGUUUGUUAGUUCAAAAAGAAGUGUGAAACUUGUUGCUUGUUUGUGUGUUCAAGGUAGAAAAUCAAGGAAGAUAGCUACCUUGAAUCAACACAAAGGUAUAUGCUUUAUUAUUUUGGAUAUAUUGAUAUUAAUUGUUUCACUUUUUCUGUUUUUCUUUGCUUGGAUUAUAAGUGAUGCUUUUUCCUUUUGGUCAGAAUUGUUUUCAUGAUCAAGAAUUACUUUUACUUUUGCAAUGAGUUGUGAAUUUCCUAUAUGUGUAUGUGUCUUUUUUUAAUUGUUUUUUAUUUGACUAAGCCUUUUUUUAUUGUUAACUAUUCGAGUAUUGCAUUUCUUUUUAUUUAAGAAUAGCUUAAUGCUCUUUCUGAUAAUUGGAUUCUUUAUUGUAUGCCAUUGUCAAUGAAGCUUGAAAAUUGUCCUCGAAAGAUUAGCUUAGUAGUGGUUUGGAUUGGGACAACGAAGGAGUAUUAUGUAGGAGGUCUAGGGUUCGAUCAUAGCUACUAACAUUUUCCUCUCCCGCUAACAAGCUAACUAGUAACCACUAAGCGUGUGUUUGGUUCUGCGGCGGAGAGAAUUGAUUUUGGCAGAAUUGAUUCUGUAAAAUUGAUUCUGGCCAAAAUUGAUUUUAAGCUGAAGUGGUUUAUGUUUGGAUAUAUUCAUGAAAAAGUGAGUUAAACAAAAAAUUUGAGUGUAAAAAUCAAUUCUAGAAUCAGAAGCUACGAUUUCUAGCUUCAAGUAGAAUCAAUUCUGGAGGCAAAAUCAAUUCUACUUUUGAGAAACCAAACAAGUCAGAAUCAAUUCUACACGUCCAGAAUCAAUUCUGGAUGCUCCAGAAUUGAAACCAAACAUACACUAAGUCUAUCCAAAGAAAAAAAAUUCAAGCUUGAAAAUCUAAAUCUUCAAAUUUAGCUUAUAUAAUUUUUUUUUUUGGUAUUAACCCUCUGGUACCUAGGGAAAGGGCUCCUGGUAAUCCAGAGUCGGCCGAGAGGUAAGUAAAGUCUGACCAAGAAUUGUUUCCACCAUGAAUCGAAUGUGGGUUCUCCCGAACGAUUCGUCCUAGGGGGAGCUUAUUAACCACUUGAGCCCAAUGUCUUGGUUAGCUUGUAUAAAAUUUUGUAUUCUGGAAUUGUCUUGAAUUAUGAUAAUGCUGCAAUUGAUGGUUCAUUCUCAUGCUGAUUUUGGCUUAUGUUAAUGUGAUUGUUGGAUGUAAAUUAGAAUGUUCAAACACGUGUGUUUCAAAGUUUUGAAAAAGGGGUGUGCUUAACUAGAUUCUUGUACUCAGAUAGGAAUGCCUUGAAUCUAUCAGCUGAAGAACUUUGGCGGACGCAAUUGAUAGACUUCUAGAAACCGAUUAUGUCAUCCAAGAACUCUUUGGAUGUGCAAUUGUCAAAGACGUCCUUUUUGGGUUUGAAAAGAUGGGUUUUGAUUGGGAUAGGUUUUGGUGCAUUUAUAGUGGUGUUUCUUUGUAUAUUGUAUAUUUGGGUGCUGUUUCGGAGGAAGUCUAGGGGUAGGAGAUCUCUGGACAAGUCCCAAAUACCGAAUGUGUCAAAAGAUAUCAAUGUUGACAAAGUUGCGGUGCAGAAUUCUCAUGUUCAACAUGGAAAUAUGUUUGUUCCUGAUGAUAAUAAUUCAGACAAGAUAUCGGUUCAUAUGAGGACGAGCAAAUUCAGUGAUCCUGAUAGUGCAAGUCAUUGCAGCUCAGUUUAUCAUCACGAGAGAGGAUUAAGUGCGCUUUCAUGGGAAGAAGGGAGCUCUGGGAAUUAUAAGAAGCAGUCUACAUUGUCAUAUGGAGGAGGGCCAAUGGCUUCUCCCUCUCCUUUGAUUGGUUUGCCGGAAUUUUCUCAUCUUGGUUGGGGCCACUGGUUUACACUUAGAGAUCUUGAACAAGCAACUAAUUGUUUCUCGGCUCAGAACGUUCUCGGUGAGGGUGGAUAUGGAGUUGUUUACAAAGGAAGACUGAUCAACGGAACCGAGGUUGCAGUGAAGAAACUUCUUAACAACUUGGGACAAGCAGAGAGAGAAUUCAGGGUUGAAGUGGAGGCUAUAGGCCAUGUUAGACAUAAGCAUCUUGUGCGCCUGCUUGGAUAUUGCGUAGAAGGAGUUCACAGGCUGCUGGUGUACGAAUAUGUGAACAAUGGUAACUUAGAACAAUGGUUACAUGGGGACAAGUACCGACUUGGGACACUUACCUGGGAGGCCCGCAUGAAAGUUAUACUCGGCACAGCCAAAGCACUUGCUUACUUACAUGAAGCGAUUGAGCCAAAAGUUAUUCACCGGGAUAUAAAGUCUAGCAACAUAUUGAUCGAUAAUGAGUUCAAUGCAAAGGUUUCUGAUUUCGGUUUGGCCAAACUUUUGGAAUCAGGAGAAAGUUACAUAACUACUAGAGUAAUGGGAACGUUUGGUUACGUAGCACCAGAAUAUGCCAACAGUGGUUUGUUAAAUGAGAAGAGUGACAUUUACAGCUUCGGUGUCCUCCUGCUGGAAGCGGUUACCGGCAGGGACCCUGUAGACUAUGCGCGCCCUUCUAAUGAGGUUAAUCUUGUUGAAUGGAUUAAGACGAUGGUAGGGGCAAGGAGAGCUGAGGAAGUUGUGGACUCGAGCAUUGAAGUUAAACCGUCUGCACGUGCUUUAAAGCGUUCCCUUCUGGUUGCACUUAGGUGUAUUGAUCCUGACGCGGACAAGAGACCUAAAAUGAGUCAAGUUGUUAGAAUGCUUGAAGCUGAUGAAUAUCCAUUUCGAGAGGAUCGAAGGAAUAGAAAGAGCACGACUACUAGCUUCGAAAUUGAAGCGGUCAAGGAAAUUUCUGAUCAAGCUGAUACUGAAAAGGUGGUGCAUGUGCCCGAAACAACUCAAGGAAAGGAUUGACAACUACAUACUUAGCUUGUAUGUACAAUUCCUGUUGUACUUAUAACCAUUCCAGUAACUAAUUUAAUACCAUAUAUCUCCAAGUUUAUGUAUCCUUGAGAAAAUUUUGCUGCAUCUUGCUGAAACUGGAUAAUGAAUGAAUUUUUUUUAUUCAAAGUUGUCAGGUUAGUGAUAGACUGAUAGUGUGUACAGAUUUAUCCCGAGUCUAUAUGUCUAUUUUGUUUUUUUGGAGUCUGUAGAAGAAGUGACAAACAUAGUUGAAUUUCACAUACAACCGCGAGGUCUCAGGUUCGAACUCCGGUGAAGGUGUUCAGUCUAGUUUAUGAAUAUCGCCGUUGUCAAUUGAGCUAAGACUUAUGAUGUAUCUUAUGCUUACAUGAUUGUUAUACUUUUUCGAUACCUUUUCUACUAUUAACAAUAUUUAGGUUCAAUUUAUAUUUCCAUUUUCAGUUUAUCUUUC